GAAGAUGUGGGGACUCAGACCUAAACUAAGAAGCCCAAAAGAGGAGCCUUGCAUGGAAGAUGCCGGCAUCAUCGACUCAUUGGACAACAUGAUGGAGGGGAAGAUUGAUAUCAUGAGUGAAUUAGAGAGAGUUUGGGAUAUCGAAGACGGCAAGCAUAAGUGGGAUCUCAUGGCAUGGGGACAAUCUCAGUGCAAGGCCAAUCAAGAUGGCGAUGAUGAAAUAAUAACACGUAGGAGCUUCGACGGCGAAUUCGUUAUGAAAGAAGAGAAUGCAGGGUUUUGGGAGGCAAAGAACACCUUCCCCUUGAACCUGAGCUUGAAUUACCAGGAGGUCAUGGAUGCAUGGUCAGAACGAGGGCCACCAUGGGUUGAACACUCUUCCAUCUCCAAUGCCAACACUUGUUUGGUGGUAGAAGUGCCAACAAUGGAAGAGAGGGAGAGAAGAAAAGCUCGGAUACUCAGAUACAAGGAGAAGCGCCAGAGCCGAUUGUUCUCUAAGAAGAUAAGGUAUGAGGUUCGCAAGGACGCCGUCGAGGAUGAGGCCGACCGAUGUCGAAAUCAGACAGUACGCGGCGAGGAAGAGGCCGGCGUCCGGGGCCGGGCCCUCACGGCCGUCGAAGAAACCCUCAACAGCAGCGCCGACCAUCGUCGCAUCGGCGGUCGAUCAGCCGGGUACCGGAGGUUCGGGGACAUUCGGACAGCCUGGAAGGAUAGGGCGACGAUCGUCGAAGCUGACAAGGCGGUGCUGGUCGAACAUCUGAAGCAGUCGACCGAUCGAGAAGCGAGGCUAGAAGAAGAGAUUUCUUGA